UGCUCGAUCACUAGAAACGUUGAUUCGACUUUCUACUGCUCAUGCUAAAGCCAGAAUGUCUAAUACAGUUAAUCUGAAAGAUGCACAAGCUGCUAUUGAUUUAGUUCAGUUUGCUUACUUUAAAAAAGUGAUGGAGAAAGAAAAGAAGAGGAGGCGUGAAGACGGUUCAAGUGAUGAAGAAGAAAUUGAAGAAGCUCAUAAAAAGAAAAAACAAAUGGGAAAACCUAGGCCAAAACCUGGUGAAGAGGGCUAUGACCCUUAUGACUUUGAUGAAGAAGGUCCAGAAAGUGCUUCCCAAGGAAGGCGUUCACAACCUACGGAUGGACCAAGCACUUCAAAAGAAUCUGAAUCAGCUUCUCAAAGUGAAAUUUCUGAAUCCAGGAUGAAAGAUUUUAGAUCAAUAUUAUCACAAUUGUUUAAAGUACGUCAUGCACAAUCAGUGCCUUUGAGUGUUCUGACAGACUUUGUAGCUGAGAGGCAAAAAGAUGAUCCAUUCACUCCUGAAGAAAUUAAUUUAGCUCUUGAACAAAUGACAGAGGCCAACCAAGUUAUGGUCGCAAAUGAAAUAGUUUUCUUAAUUUAAACUGUGUUCAGCUUUAUAUUUUACAAUAUGUUUCAUACUUGUACAUUUUAUCUCAACUGGUUAUGUAUCCAGAUUUAUAUUUAUUUUAUGCUGAAAUAUUUUAAUCUAAUUUUGCUCGAUUAUAUUUUUCAAAAAUAAAGAUAAUUUACACCUG